AUGAUCUCUGCGGACGAUGCUGAAUACCCUCGAGAGUACCGCACUCUCGGUAACGGGACAAGGCGUUUUUCUAAUGUGGGCUUGGUGCACACUUCAGAGCGCCGGCACACUGUGAUUGCUGCCCAGAGCCUGGAGGCACUCACCAAUCUCCAGAAGUCUGAUAUGGAAAGGAAGAGAGACGCCUUCAUGGAUCACCUGAAGAACAAAUACCCUCAACAUGCUUUGGCCAUUCGUGGUCAACAGGAGAGAAUUCGAGAUCAGUUGCUUCAAGGCUCUUCGUCUAUCCUGCUUGCAGGGACUUCAUGCAACCCUGAUGCUCUGAUGUAUAGAGAGACACAGGAGAAUGCAGUGCCUGUGUGCCUAGAUAACCCAUCAUCGACUAGGAGCUCACGUCAUUCCCAAAGCUCCCAGCCCGGCCUUGCAGAUCAAGCAUCCAAAUUGUCCUUUGCUUCAGCUGAAUCCCUGGAGACCAUGUCUGAAGCCGAGCUGCCACUUGGUUUUAACAGGAUGAACCGUUUCAGGCAAAGCCUGCCUUUGUCUCGAUCCACCAGCCAAACCAAACUACGUUCACCAGGUGUCUUGUUCCUUCAGUAUGGCGAUGAGACAAGACGGGUGCACAUCACUCAUGAAAUCACCAGCAUGGACACAUUACAUGCUCUUAUAGUGCACAUGUUCCAGCAGAAACUCACCAUGGGAAUGUUGAAAUCUCAUAACACGGCUAUACUAAUCAAAGACGAGUCCCGGAAUGUCUUCUAUGAAUUGGAAGAUGUCAGAGACAUUCAGGACAGAAGUAUUAUAAAGAUCUACCGGAAGGAACCCAUUUACUCCUCGUUUCCUGCUCCUCACAUCACCAACGGGGACGUGAGACGUGAGAUGAUGUAUGGGUCCAGAGAUUCUUCCCCUACUCAACGCAUCAAUAGUAUGUCUCCUGCACCUCAUAUGGCCUCGGGAUCCCCUCCUCCAGUACUUCAGUCCUCCUCCCCAGCACGCUCUCGCAUGUCUUACAGUGGUGGGCGACCACCUUCUUAUGCUGGAAGUCCCGUGCAUCAUGGGGACAGAAUGUCUGGUCUUCCUCCAGCCCAAGGAGUCUCUCCUAGUCCUAGUGCUAUCUUGGAGAGACGGGAUGUGAAGCCUGAUGAAGAUUUGACCAACAAGAAUGUGGUGCUGGUGAAGAAUGAAGGACUUUAUUCAGAUCCUUAUGGAAUGGUCCAUGAAGGAAGACUUAGCAUUACAUCCACUCAGUCCCUAGCUGGACUUGGGGACCCUUUCUCGUACCCUGGGGGGCUAUACAAGCGUGGAUCAGUGCGUUCUCUGAGCACAUAUUCUGCAGCUGGUCUACAGUCCGAUCUAGAAGAUGGAAUGUACAAACCUAAUUCUCAAAUAUAUGGAGACACAUAUGGUCCUGGAAUGGGUUUUCGUAUCCCACCGUCCUCACCUCAGAAAGUGUCAGAUGGAAGGAUGGUGGAUGUUAACCAGAGUCAAGGUCCCCAUAGCCCUUAUUCUGGACCUUCCAGCCGCUCCUCCCCCGUUCGCCAGACAUUCCGCAAAGAUUCUUCGUCUUCAGUUUUUAUGGACAGCCCUGUUGGUAAGCAAAGGAAUCCCAGCUCUUCCUCUGGCACCAAUGAAAUAUUCCCUGGGCCAGGUGAACGUCCUCUAUCUGGUUUCAGCUCUCCAGUGCCCACCAAAGAGGUGGAGACAAGAGAACGGAUGGAAGCAAUGGAGAAACAGAUUGCUAGCUUGACGGGACUGGUCCAGUGUGCUCUCAUGCAAAGUUCCCACAGUGAAAAUCCCAGUGAGAAGACAGACUCAACAAACAGUGGAUCAACAACUGCCGGACCUCAAAAUGCUGGUACCCCAUUGUCCAGUUCUACUCCAGGAUUUACUUCAACCCCAGCUGACCAGAGUAAAGCAAUCAGCCGCCUGCAAAUGCAGCUUCAUCUUCAUGACCUGCAACAUAAUGCCAGCGAACUAAGGAAUCAGCUGCAGCAGCUGAAAAAAAUGCAGCUGCAGAACCAGGAGACCAUGCGUAGUAUGUUGAAACGCACAGAGACUGAGAUCAGUGUGAGGGUUACAGACACAGUGCGCAAACAAGAAGACCCACUACAGCGGCAAAGGGCUAUGGUGGAGGAAGAAAGGCUGAAGUACCUGAACGAGGAGGAGCUGAUAACCCAGCAGCUCAAUGAUUUGGAGAAAUCAGUGGAAAAGAUUAAGAAAGAUCUUGCGCACAACCACCGCCUGAUAUCAGUACAGGAACUGGAGGAGAAGGCUGUAGUGCUUAAACAACUUGGAGAGACCCUAACCGAGCUGAAGGCUCAGUUUCCCAGCUUGCAAAGUAAAAUGCGAAUAGUUUUGCGUGUGGAGGUGGAAGCAGUGAAGUUCCUGAAGGAGGAGCCACAUCGCUUGGAUGGGCUUCUGAAAAGAUGCAAAAUGGUCACAGACACACUGGCUCAGAUACGCAAGCAAGUAGAUGCAGGUGUUUGGAACACUCCAGAGAACCUUCAUAAUCCCUCUCCCAAGCAAAUGGCAACUGAUGGAGAGUUUUCUAAAAACACAGAUUUUGAGCUUCCCUGUAGCCCCCCAACAAACUUUGCACAGCUUAAUGAGUCUCAGAUACCCAACUGGGAACCUAUCUGUCAUACUGAUGCUGCCUCUCAUACUAGUACCCCAACCCGAGGGGAGAUGGUGACCGUGAAGACUCAGACACUCCCAGAGACACAGAACAAGAAAGUGGGAGCAGAGAAAUCGGUUUCGGUUGAGGCAGCUGAGCGAGACUGGGAGGAAAAACGUGCUGCACUGACACAGUACAGUGCCAAAGACAUUAACCGCCUACUGGAAGAGACCCAGGCUGAGCUCAUGAAGGCUAUUCCAGACCUAGACUUUGCAGCCAAGCACAAACCUACUGGAAGUGCAGCAUCUACCCCAGAGCACCGAGCCAGCAAACCACAGCAAGCACAAAAACUUAGCACCAAAUUAGAUCCCAAUGGGAGAAGAGGCUCUGAUGAACUGACAGUCCCUAGAUACAGGACUGAAAAGCCAUCUAAGUCUCCUCCACCCCCGCCACCCCGUCGCAGCUUUCCAUCCUCACAUGGGAUUACCACAACUCGAACUGGGGAGGUCAUCGUCACCAGCAAGAAGGAUUCCACUUUUAUCAAGAAGUCUGACUCUGAGGAACUGGAAAGCCAGAAACCUCAGGUGAAACUUCGUCGAACUGUGUCUGAAGUAGUUCGCCCAGCAUCCACCCCCCCAAUCAUUGCCUCCGGCAUCAAAGAUGAUGAUGAUGAAGAUCGGAUUAUUGCAGAGCUAGAGGUGUUUCAAAGAAGUUCUGGGUCCCUCUUUGUCCCUCAGUUCCAUUCUGAGCACUCAACGGCAUCCCAUUCGGUGCCACGUCCAUCACAACUGUGGUCCAAUGAGGCCACCAUAGAACAUGAAGGAUGGAAGGCUGGAAAUUAUUUUCCCAAAGAUGACAGCUUAGAGGUUCCAUCAGUAGAGUCCAGAGAGUCACUGUCUCCAUAUAUCCAGGAAUUAUGUUACCCGUCUGUGGCCAAUAGGAAAUUCUCCCUUCCGCAGAUUAUUUUGACAGAGUGGACUUCCAAUCCACCAUCCCCUCCUGAUGAAAAUUCUAAGUUUACCUAUAAAGUUAAUUAUGGCAAUUCUGAAAAUCUUGUUACAAGUGAUGUCUUGGUGGAAAAAGUGACAGAUUGGUCGUUCUUGGCUGUAUCUAAAGACAACUCUGUUGUUGAAGACCUAGAUAAGUCUGCAGAAGGAUAUGUGAAAGUUCAGGAUAACUGUGUUAAACACAAUGUCAUCUCUCAGACCAAUCUUACAAAUGAAGAAGAGUCCAGCAAAAACACAAACCAUGGUAUUGUAGGCUUUAUGAUCAGAAAUAAUAGAAUAGUCUCAUUGUCUACAGAGGAGAAGAAUACUUUGUUAGAAGAGGAACACUUCUGUGAAGAGUUAAUAAGUGGCAGUUCUGUAGAAAUAUCCACAGAUAAUGCAAGUGCCCAACCAAAAAACAAUCCUGUUCCGGUGGUAUUUGAUGAAGCACAAGAUCCAAAGGAUGUGAGGGCCAGCAAAUUUGGGUUGAAAGAACACGGAGAACAGAUAAACCAAAUGGGAGAUGUCAGAGAUAGUACAGAGCAGAGAUCUUCACCUAAUGACUAUGAUAUGCAGAUAGAAAUGGGCAGAUGUGACAUGCAUUUUAACAUACCAGAGCCAAAAUUUCCUGUGCCAAAGCCCAGGCAUUUACAAGCAAAAGCACCAAAGGCUCAAACAGUCAAGAUCCCAGAUGUUUCUCAACAGAACAUGGAAGUGUCUCAUAUUCAGCCAGAUGGAAAUUCCAGACUUAGAGUUAUUGAUGUUGGAAAAAUGUUCACUGCUACCAAUGAAAGCAGUCCUUCCCAUGUUGAUGAGGACAAUGUGACUGGCAAUCAAGAGGAUUGGAAGAGCAUGGACAUUUGCAAAAACACCUACAAACGACUGGAUAGUCUGGAGGAGAGCAUUCGAGAACUUGAGCUAACAAUUAAUGCAAUUGGUGUCUGUUCAUCUACCAUAGAUGUCCCACAGGAGCAUCACCUCCAUGCUGAGAUGGACUCAAAGCAAGAACAAGAGAGUUUAUCUAGUCACCUGAACGGGGGAGCCACUAACGUAAAAUCUCUGGAAGGAAUGGACAGCCCCUUCCCUCAUAAAACGAAGCCACCUUUACUACCAAAGCCUCAGCUCUCAAAGAGUGGGGGUAUGUCAAUUCCACCGAUGAAGAUGGUAAAUCCAGUAGGUUCACGGCUAAAGAGCAUUCAGCAAAGCGGUGGAGACAAGAGCAACAAACACUCCAAACAAAGGAUGGAAUACAUGAGGAUCCAGGGCCACCAGCAGCUUUGAAAAACAUGACACGGCAAAGGGCUGAAAACGCGGAGAGAUGUGUGAGACGUGAUGUACAACAGUCGACGCAUUCCACGGUGCCUCUCACCUCCCAGGGCGUGACUGUUACGACACCUGCAGCUGCUCAUCUUUCCAAAUGAUGUAGAUAGGAAUCUUCGGAAGCCAGGACUUUACCGGACAGUAUCUCGGGGUCCCGAGCAUUGUAUGUUGCUUUGUUGUUUUUUUUUCAGUUUUUUUUUUCAAUGCUUAAUUUAUAUGUUGUUCCUGUAGUUUCUGUGGAAGUCUAGAGCUGUCAGGAUUAUCUUUUUUUUUGUGUAUUGCGUUGCCAGCAAUAAGCAAAGACCCCAACCUCCCCACUCCCCCAAGAGAGCAGAUUGUAUUUUUGGGUGUUUGUACUGCACCCACAAUUUCACAGUAGUCCAGAAGAAAGGUAAGUCCAUGUUCUGUGCCACGCCUUGGUUAAUCGUUGCAAGCACAGACUGAAAGGAAGUGGUGGCCUCCGUGUCGCCAGGUGUGUGGUAUUACAUGAUCACUCACACAAGAGUGUGAGAUGCCAAGACUGGUGACACCAACACUGUUAAAUUUGUUUAGCAAUAUCUAUUCUCUGACCAGUCGUGAGCAGGAGCAGAAGGUGGACUUCAGGGCACAAUGUAGAGACGUUCCUGGAGAUUUCAUAGUCAAUAGGAUGUCGAAAGGAGUCAAAACCAACCUAAGGGAUUGUUAUAGGCGUUCCGUAUGGGUUGUAGGGUUUUAAUUGUAGGACAUUCCUGUGUAACAUUGUGUAAUAUAAGCACAGACAUUGAUAACACUAUAUGUGAAGUGUGUGUGUGUGUGUUGGUGAUUUGUCCGUCUAAGAAAGUGUGUUUUAUGGACAGAGAGACCUGAAGAGCAAGGCACACAAUUUAAUUUGCUUCUGUCUAUUCUCACACUGUGCGCUUAGCUUCUCGUUUUUGUAAACUCUUCAUUUUUUUUGUACAGAGGUCGAGUUUAUAUAAAGAUAAUGAACACCCUAUACAGUCACAUCUCAGUAACAAACUAGCUCUUUCCAUUCGCUGAAAGCGACCUACCCUUUUUUUAAUUGUAUUACGAAUAAACCUAUAAAUAUAUAUAUAUACAUAUUAUAUAUAAAAAUAGAUGCUGAAUAGAAGUAUAUAUAUCACAAUUUAAAAUCUUUCCUUUUAUGGUGCGAGAGGGGUUGAUUGAACAGGGUACUUCCAUAUGGGGAGGGGUUGGAAAUUUUAAUUCCAGAGAUUUAUUCCAGACCUAUGACACCUAAAGCAGGGGUUAAGGUCUGUACAGGGUUUCCAUACCUAAUGUAUGGUGCUAAAGAUGUCCAAUAUACUUUUCUGAUCACAUUCCUGGGCAUCUCUUGCAGUGAAAGCAUCUAUUAGGGAUUGUUAUGUAAUUUAUACAGCAUGUUCUGCCCUAAAUACCCUGUUUUUAAUGCAGCAGAGCAGUAGCACUUUCCAAAGAAAUUCUAUCAAUCUACAAAAACAUUAAAUUAAUAAUAUAGAUGUAUUUAUUUUUUGGAUGUUCCUUAUUAGCAUCUUAAAGAAAUGUAUUAAAAAAUAUUCCAGGAUUAUGGCAUAAAAUACAGAUUAUUGUUUUAUCAUCACUUCUGUAGGAAAGUGCACAAAUGCAGCAGCAUACAUAGAAGAGAGGUGCCCCAAAGCAACGUGUGAAAUGGGCAACCUAUGAUGGUGCUGGGUUUCACCACCAAGGACAGAAGAAUCUAGUGUUUGUUUCCUUUCCACAACCCUUAGGUCAGUUCCCCAACCCUUGUUGGUUAGCACUACAGCUCCUCUAAGAGGUCCUGCACAGGUUCUCACCACCCAGCAGCAAAAAGCAUGGGACCUACGUGGGCUUGGCUCCUACUCUCCAACGACCUCAUAGCAAACCAUAGUUUGCCCCUAUGGUUUGUAUACCUUUGCAAAGACA